AUGAAGGUGGUGAUUUUGAGUGACAGUCAAGCAGCCGCCGCCAACAUUGCGCAGCACAUUAUCGAUCGAAUCAACAGCUUUGCUCCCACGGAUACACGGCCAUACUUUGUCUUGGGCCUUCCCACUGGGAGCAGUCCACUCCCGAUUUAUCGGUUGCUGGUCGACGCCUAUCGUGUUGGCACCGUCAGCUUUCGCAAUGUCGUCACGUUCAACAUGGAUGAGUAUGUCGACCUGGAACAGACCCAUCCAGAAUCCUAUCACAGUUUUAUGUUCACCAACUUCUUCAACCAUGUCGACGUCCAGCCACAAAACAUCAACAUCUUGAACGGUAAUGCCGCAGAUCUCGAUGAAGAAUGCGCGCGCUAUGAAGACAAGAUCCAAGCCGCGGGCGGUAUCGAUCUGUUUCUGGGCGGAGUCGGGCGCGACGGGCACAUCGCCUUCAAUGAACCGGGGUCCAGCUUGGUGAGUCGGACCAGAGUCGAGGUAUUGGCACAGGACACGAUCCACGCGAACGCUCGCUUCUUUGGUGGUGAUCUGUCUCUAGUACCCACGAGAGCUCUCACCGUUGGUGUCCAGACCGUCAUGGACGCUAGAGAAGUGGUCAUUAUCGCCACCGGUGCUCAAAAGGCGUCUGCCGUGCGCAACGCAAUCGAGGGCGGCGUCAGUCAGAUGUGCACUUUGUCUUGUCUCCAGCUGCAUCCAAACGGCAUUGUGGUGGUGGAUGAGGACGCUGCCCUUGAGCUCAAAUAUGCCACUGUCAAGUAUUUCAAGAGUCUCGGAGAUCUCAGCACCUUGAAUAUAUCCAAACACCAACGACACAGCGUACUUCCGAGGACAAAACUGUGUGCGACGCCACCCCAGACACCAGAUUCCAAGUCAUAUUUGGAAGACGAUGAGCUGACUCCUGACCGAAUGUCGUCACGGAUUAUGACGUGGCCACUUGCUGCCAGGCCCUUUUGA